GACGGCGGUGGGACGGAUGGGGCGAGACCGACUGCUACAACGGGAGGGGCAGCGCCGUCGCCGGGUUCGACGGGUGCGGCGGUUAGGAGGUUUGGGGUGGACGGGUUUGCGGCGCUGAUGGCGGUCGUGAUGGGGUUGCCGUUGGUGGGAGGGUGAGGGUAAAUGUAGGGCGGUGUCUCGGUUUGUGUGCUGUGUUAUGAUCUUCUGAAGUCUCUUUACAUCGAGUUCAUUUCAUCGUUUUUCCUGCCAUAUAAUUCAACCUCUCCUUCGGCUCUGGUUAUCUUCCUUUAUGCUUACUUGGACAGUCUCGAGCCUGAUGGCAGGGUGUGUGGUAAGUGGAGUUGGAGGAACGAGCGUUUGUCCGCCCCGUUGUAUCUGCCACAUCAUAUAUUUUGGCUCCAUUUACAUCGAGCUCGAUUUAUCUGUUUUCCUACCAUCUACUCCAAUCUCACAUUCUAGGUUCCAGUUUCUAUUCACUGUCCGAAUUGUAAAGCGGCGGUCGAUCGGUCGUGCUUUCCUUCUCCGCCCUCAAGCUGAGCUACAUCUUCCACUCACCUCCUCUCUUUUCUACUCCCACACCAUCACUCUCCAUCUGGACUCUCUCAUUUCAGUCACCAUUCCCCUUUCUACCUCCUGUUCUUCGGUUAAACAUUGGCUUUUCCUUGCCGUCGGAAGGGCUCGUGUCGAGGCGGCUUUUAGGCGACUCGCUGCGUUUGCGUACCUCCUCCAUCCCUCCCAUCACUCCCGCUUAACACCACCUCCUCCACCACGGAGGGUAGAGUAGCAGCAAGCCCGGACGAGUUCAAGCUUCCCCAUUACUACGGCGGCCGUGGCUACACCGCUCCAGCGGGACUGCACACUUCUCACUUACCACAACCCACCGCAAACAGCCAUCACUUGGGACUCAGACUGCCAAAACACCCUCUUCAUUCUCACCUCUGGCCGUUGCCUUACUAUUUUGACAUCACGAUAG